AUGUGGCCGCUGCUGGUUUCAGUUUUGCUGCUCUUCAACGAGACAUCCUGGCUAAAUCCCAUCCUGGCCAGCAUCUACAAGGACCAGCCCCAUGAGACGGUUCUCCUGCUCAGACACAGCCUGCAGAGCAAUGAUUCUGGAUUGGAGAGGUCGGUUUUUAGCUUCAACGAACAGAUGGACUUCUAUGUGCGGGGCAGUUUCAACAACGAAAUGCUGGUCCUAAUCUGGCAGACCGGAAAUUCGGAUUGGGACUCUGAUUUGUGGCAGGCUCUCGACAGGAGUCUCUUGAAUAUGCGGAAGGUGAGAGUGUUACUCUUGAGGAAAUGGGAAAAUCACCCAUCUGUUGACAUUGCCAAGACGGCAGAGCACCUGCGUUUCCUUCACGUUGCUGUAAUUUCCCAGGGAAAUCGGAUAUAUCGCCUGCAGCCAUAUGCCUCUGAAAGAUGGUUGGAAGUGAACCCAAAACAAUCACCCAUCUUCACCAAAGUUAAGAACUACUCAGGCAGAUAUAUACUAACUCUACCCGAUCAAUUUCCACCACGUUCCAUUGUCUAUCGUAAUAGAAAAACGGGGGAUCUGGAAAUGACGGGCUAUGUUUACAAAUUCCUUUUGGAGUUCACCAGGAUCUAUAACUUUACUUUUCGUUGGCAAAGACCCAUAAAGCAAGGUGAGCAUUUGAAUUUGAUACUGCUUCGGAAUAUGACCCUCAAUGGAACCAUUAACAUGCCCAUUAGCCUGUGUGGCUUUGAGAUGUCCAGUGAGUUUGGGACUUUCUCGGAUAUAUACGAUCUGGAGAACUGGUACAUAAUGGUUCCGCGUGCCCAGGAAAUACCCACCGCCGAUGUGUAUGUCGUGAUGGUUGGCGGUAAUUUUCUCGUCGUUCUGCUGUUCUUCUACUGCAUUUUUACCAUUCUGGACACUUGUUUUGGACCCCUGUUGCUGCAGAAACGUGUGGAUUGGUCGAAACUUAUUCUAAAUGAACGUAUGAUAUCGGGUAUAAUGGGACAGUCCUUUAACAUGAGUGCUAGAAAUACAAUCAGCUCAAGGGUCAGCAAUGCCACUUUGUUUCUACUUGGCUUGGUUUUGAGUACCCUAUAUGCAGCCCAUCUAAAGACGCUUCUUACCAAGAGACCAACUUCCCGACAGAUUUCCAACUUUCAUGAACUUCGGGACUCCCCAGUCACCGUCUUUUUCGAAGAGGCCGAGAGGUUUUACCUAAAUGAUUUUAUGUGGCAGCGACCAAUACAAGCCAUAAAGGAUAAGAUUAUUUUCAAAGAGACCGGUGAAUAUAGUGCUCUAAGGAGAGACCUGAAUAGAACGCAUGCUUUUUCUGUUCUAUCCUCCGAAUGGUUGAUUGUGGCCAAAAGACAGGAGCUCUUCAAGCAACCGGUUUUCACCGUUCAGCCUGAACUACGGGUCAUCAGGACAAGUGUUCUUCUAUCGCUGGUCAUGCAAUCGAACUCCAUUUACGAACACCACAUCAAUGAUCUGAUCCAUCGGGUCCAGAGUGCCGGAAUCGUGGAGUAUUGGAAACAGCAGACACUUCGAGAGAUGAUAACUCUGGGCAUGAUCUCCCAAAAGGAUCCCUUUCCGUAUGUGGCUUUUCGAGAGUUUAAGGUGGGCGAUCUUCUCUGGAUAUGGAUUUUAUUGGCCUGCUUUCUAUUGCUGGCAUUCUUCAUAUUCUUUUGUGAAGUUUUGCUUAAUCACUACAUAGGAAAAUCCAAAUAA